UGGUGCUUGUGCGCUGUUUUCGAGAGCUGAGGGGGGAAAGGAAGCUGUGGCAACUGUCAUCUCACCAGGAUGUGUCUUUGUCAUGGUUACAUUGCAUACACGACCGGCCGUGAAAGGGCGAGACUGGCCGAUCGAUCAACACACACGCUCCACGGACGACCAGGGAUCGUGCAACUUUUACGAGGUCAUCGCCCGAGUAGGUUUGGUUUCUGGAUUCAGCCAGCCAUCAUCUUUGCUCCCCACGAGAGAGCCGGGUGGGGAGUCGUCGAUGUUGAUAUUGGUGUUAGCGUUGGUGAUGGUGACGGUGAUGGUCGUGUUGUUGCUUGUUUGCCUGCCUCACAGGCCCUAAGCCCUGAAACGGCCAGGAUCAGGUGGGUCCGCCCGUUGUCAUGAUCAGCAUUCC